AUGAAGACGAUUGUGACUUCGAAAGUAGCUGCGAAACAUCAAGCGAAUAUAGUUGAUGUGAGAACCUGUAAAAUUGACAAUACCGAUGAAUCUCCUAUUCCAAAUCGUGCCGAAGCCACAGGAUUACUAAAAACUGUAUUAGAAAAAGGUAUUAUACCGAUAGGUACUUUUGGAGAUUUAAACAGUACCGAUUCCGACGAAGGCGACGAAGAGUUUCCAAUUCAUUCAGCAUAUUUAGAUGCGAUCUUAGACCAAUUUGCGAAAUUGAGUGGACCCGACCGUAUUGCUUACGGAAAACCAAAUGUUCAACGACUUUAUGCACGAUCAUCAACUGCAAAUUUACUAAGAGGAUGUGUCUAUAUGUCAGAGCCAUAUUUUGUUAUUGACAAUGUAUAUAGUGGUUCAAAAGAGAGGUGUACAAGUGAUUCAGAUUGUGUAAGAGCAAAUACGGUAAGUGGCUAUGAAAGUUGCAAAAACAAUACAUGCGUAGGAUAUACUCGUCCAGUUAGUGAAGUAUUCAAAUUAAGUUGUUUAACAUAUGGAACAGAAAGUUUAUUUAUUACCAACAAAAUUAGUAUCGAACAGAUUAUGGUAAAUGAAUCUAAUACCAAGGUAUCUGGCGGUGUGCUGGCUGCACUUAUCUUACUUGCAGUUUCUUUAACGGGAGCAAUUAUGCUUCUCGGUUUGAUGGCUCUUAGAGAAAGAAGAGGAACACCUCUAUUUGAUUCACGUAUCUUGCUACGAAAUGAACAAUAA